CCCUUUGCUCCCUCAUUUGCCCAUUUCCCCUGCUCCUCCGCCUUCUCCUUCCGCAUCCCACGCAACAAACGCCCUCGAUGGAUAGCCAAACCCAGUCGGGGGACAGCUACAUCCUCUCCCUUGCAAGGUACAUCCGCCAGAAUGAGAAACAGCUCAGCGGCGCAGUGCUGCCUUCGUCCUCGUCGUCAAAAGCACGCACUGUUAUUCCCCCAAAGCCGUUUGCAAUCUCUCUUCAUCACCUCAGCUAUCUGCUUCUGCGCUUCGACGCUCUAGGCCUCUCCGCCGGAUCCCUCGACGAACCUCUGCCCGCCUCGAGCAGGAGUAGGGCAAGAAGCACAUUUGCCUACAUUUCCUCAAACGAACAAGGGGCCUCUUCGUCAUCAACGACUCCCUCACGGCCAACUUCGACUUUCCUCAAUCCAGAGACGAUGAGCUUGCACAGCGUACGCUCCGCAUUCUCCCGCAUCUCCCUCAGCGGAGCCGCCUCGACAACCUCCUCCUGGUUCUCAUCCACCCCUACCGAGCCGCCGAGCCCGAGCGCGCAGCUCAAGUACAUCUAUUCUGCCUUCACUAAGCUCCCUGCCUUAGAUCUUGUACCCUCACCUGCUACGGGGCUGAUCGAGGGCUUCGAGGACGAGGCUAUCACUGGUGGUCCGACGACUUUGACGCCGCUGGAUGUCUUUAGGAAUCUGCAUCUGCUGAGCUUCACUGAUGUUGAUCCACGAGGGGUCAGCGGAUGGGAUCGGUUAAGCUGUCAGUUGAGGUCACUGAGCCUCUGCAGAAGUGGCGUCGAGGAUGUUGAGGACUUUUUCGUGGAUCACGUCGUCAGAGAUGUCGCACGUAGAAGGGCAGCAGAUGGAGAGACGGUAGAUGAAGAAGGGGCGGCUUCCACCUCGGCGUCCAACGGCCAAGCCAACAAGGACCAGCUCCCCCAACUAGCCUGGCACUUCCUCUCCUCCCUUUGCCUCCCUUCCUCUUCCCUUACAUUCUUUCCCUCCUUGCCCCUUCCCUCACUCCGUUCGCUCGACCUAUCACACAACCUCCUCAUCAGCAUCCCCUCCUCCCUCUCCCACCUCACACGGCUCGUCUCUCUGGACCUCUCCGGAAACCUCAUCGAGGACACGAGAGGAGCGGCUGCCUGCCUAGGCGAAACCGGGGUGCUACGCACGCUCAAGCUACGCGGCAAUCGUAUCACGUCCCUCUCCGGUCUCGACAGCCUGACAUCCCUCCGCCAAGUGGACCUCAGAGACAAUCUCAUCUACGAAGCCGACGAGCUCGGAAGGCUCGCCGCCUCCCUCGAAUCGCUGCGCGACGUGUGGGUGAAGGGCAACCCCUUGUGCGAGGAGUACAAAGACUGGCGAGUUGAGGUGCUUGCUGAGUUCCUGAAGGAAGGUUGGCCACUGGAUGGGGAGGGGAGCGUGAGGCUCGAUGGGGAGGGAGUGGGCUGGUUUGAGAAGGGGAGAGUGGAGGAGAGAGUGCCGGUGGGAGCGAGGAGGGCGAGGAAAGGAAGAGGUAGUGAGAGUGGAGGAAAGGCAUGGCCAUCAGCCGGAGUAGCGGGUGCGGGCGAUAGGGAUACGCCAGCUGGGGAAGGCAGUGAAGCAGGGCCGAGUGCCCAGAUCGUCGCUGUCAAGCAUCGCGCGAGGACAGGGAGCCAGCAUCACCGCAAGACGACUCACACCGGCAGUGUCAGGCGACCACAGAGCCCGCGCAAGCAGCGCAAUCUCGCCACGGUGGUGCGAGGGGACGAUGAGGCUGCGAUGUCUUCCACGCCAGAGCCAUCCAUGGAAGUCAGCGAGGCUGAGCAGCUUAAGCGGAAAGUACUCGGUACCGGUCCCUCAGAAGCAGAAAGAAAGGCGAAGACGACACAGGAGCACGCCAUCACAACAGAAGCUGUGCCACGCUCUCGCAAGAACAGCGCUCGCCCUCACUCUCCAAGCAAGAAGCGGGCCCAAUCGCCCGCUACACCUCGAGCUUCCUCACCCGCGCUUGGGCAAGCGGGAACUCCAGGCUCAGCCCAGAACCAGGUGGCAGGUAGCAGUCUGGAGCUGAGGGCGCGCAUCGAGCGGCUGAAGAAGGAGGUCGGCGAUGAUUGGAUGAGGGUGUUGAGUUCUGGCGGUGGAGCCGGCGCGGUAGUGGCUGGUGGAUCAGGAGGGAAGCGCGUGGAGAGGAGGGACCCCUCUUCGUAGAGGUUCGAGGUGGAACUCGAGGUUGGUUGCUCGGAGGCAGAGGAGUCAGAAGCAUAUACCCCACCUACACGAUCAUAGUACAAACAGUGCAAUAUGACCAGCAUAGUUCUGCUAG